AUGACAAAAAGUCAACAAAAGAAGCAAUGGGGUAAUCAUACCACAUAUAUGGAUACAAAUAUACAGAUCAAGCGACCCAGUGAGGAAGAGUUGCAGUAUGAAGUAAAGAGAAAGAGAGACGGCGAGGACGGCGGAUACUCUCAUCCACCAGCUCAUCACGCACCACAUCCUCCUCACUCUGCACAUUCGUCGUACUAUGGUGCACACGACCCAUACAACAGACCACCACCUCCUCCCCAACAACACUAUGACGCUCGUUCAUCUCCCCCAUCGUAUGCACACCCUCCUCCUCCUACUCCUGUUGGCGACUAUAGAUCGUCACAACCUCCACCUCCUCAUCCUGUUGGCGACUAUAGAUCUUCGCAACCACCUCCAUCGUACGGUGCACCGGGUGCGGCAUACGACGAUCCACACAGAAGAUACGAUCAAAGUGGUGCACCUCCUCCCCCACCCUCCUCUGCUUCCCCUCCACACCAUUACCACGAUUUGAGAUCAUCUCAACCCCCUCCACCUAGAUAUGACCAACAUCCACAGACGUAUGCACCACCCCCUGCAGACUACCGUUCGUCGCAGGCACCUCCUCCAGCAGACUACCGUUCGUCGUCUGCACCACCUCCCGCCGACUACCGUUCGUCGCAGGCUCCACCUCAUCAAUCUGGAUACCCUCCCCACGACCCCUACUAUGGCCAUCCCCCUCCACCAGCCAGCCACGACCCAUACUAUGGAUCGUCGCACCACGGUAGCUCGUACUAUGGCGCACCUCCUCCCUCCUCUCCCUAUGGCAGUCACUACGCACCACCACCACCAUCCUCGUACUCGCCCUAUUCGCAUGCUCCUCCACCACCCUCGCCGUACCACGGAUACUCGCAUGCUCCACCUCCUCCAUCUCCCUACUCGUCAUACGACCGUUACGCACCACCUCCACCAGCCGCUGCGUCACCCUACGGACACCCACCCCCAGCCAGCCACGACCCGUACUAUGGAUCCCAAUACGCACCACCACCCCCACCUCAAUCCAACGGAGCACCUCCACCACCCCAAACCAACGGAGCACCUCCACCUCCAUCUUCCUACGGCGCACCACCACCUCCAUCUCAACACUAUGACAACAGAGGAUCACCUCCAUCUCACGGCGACCCCUACUACCCUCCAUCCUCUUCUUCAUCAACUCCUGGUACAGCACCACCUCCACCAUCAUACGAUCGUUAUGGUCCACCCCCACCAUCCCAAUCUGAUCAACAACCCCCUCCCCAUCACAAUGGAUACCACCAACAACAACCACAACCACAACAACACCAACCACAAGGACCACCACCACCAUUGUCAUCGUCUACAGACUCUAGACCACCUCCUCUUAAUCAAUCUGGACCAUCUCAAGAAGAACUUGAUCAUCAACAACGUAGCAAGAUGCGUGAAGAAUUGAGAGCUGAAAAGUUCCCAGAAGGUAGAGGGGGAUACUCUUCUUCUUCAUCCACAUCAACCUCUCACUAUGAAUCUAGAACAUCUUCAACACGCGAGUCACCAUCUCAUUCCUCCAUCCCACCAUCUUCAGUGGCCAAUAAUACAAUUAUCCUUGGAGCCAAGAAAUCAUCCUCUUCCUCUUCCUUUUCCUCUACUUCCUCCUCCUCAAUGGGUUCAUCGUCAAGAGAAUCAAUGGGAUCAAGUCUUGGAGGUGGUUAUGACACUGAUGAAAAGAACAAAAAGUUUGAAGAUAGAAGACAAAUUGUCAAAUUGUCAACAAACUAUUUCCAAUGUAAAAUUAAUUCAAUGGUUGUUCAUAUGUAUAACGUUGAAUUUACUCCAACAUUAGAUAGUAGGGAUAUGAGAAUUAGAACAUUAAGAGAAUUUGAAGCUUCUCUUGGACCAUUCCAAUUUGAUGGUUCAUCAAUUAUGAUUGGAGUUAAAAAACAACCAUCAACUUCUUUUAUUUCAGAGACUAAUCAUACAACUGUAAAGGUUAAUUAUAUUAAAGAAUUGAGAGAGAAUGAUCCAACUCUUAUUCAACUUUACAAUGUUUUCCUUAAAAAGUUGAUGACAAUGAUGGAUUAUUCAAUUAUGGGAAGACAAUAUUAUUCUUCAAAGUUGAAGCGUAGAAUUGAAGGUGCAGAUUUGGAAGUUUGGCCAGGUUUCUUUACAGCCAUUUCUCAAAAUGAAAGAGGUUUGUCAUUGGUAGCAGAUAUUUCUCACAAGAUUGUCAGAACUGAAUCGGUUUGGGACUUUAUUACAAAGUGUCUAAACAAGAGAAUGAGAGAAUCGGCCAUCGAAGAUGAAUUAAAGGGCAAGAUUAUUGUAACAAAGUACAACAACAAGACCUACAGAGUAGACACUAUCGAUUGGAAUAUGAAUCCUAGAAAUGAAUUUGAAACUGCCACUGGAAAGAUCACUUUCCAAAGUUACUAUCAACAACACUAUCCCAACCACAAGAUCAACUCUCUUAGUCAACCAUUGGUAACCAGUCUUGUUAAAAGAAAGGGUACCAAAGAAACUAUCUAUCUAGUACCUGAACUUUGUUUUAUUACUGGAAUGUCUGAAGAUUUAACAUCAAAUUAUAAAUUGAUGAGUGAAUUAUCAAAGAUUGUUCAUGUCAAUGCCUCGGAUAGAGACAAGAAACUUCGAGAGUUUGUGAGAUCACUUAAAACAAAUCCAUUGGUAGAAUCUGAAUCAAAGAAAUGGGGUAUUACCUUUGCCAAUGCAAUGGAAGUUGAUGGUCGUGUCAUGAAUGUACCACGAAACAUUAGAAACAAUGACCCUAUUCGUGGAACUUGGGUCUUGAUUGCAAACUCUCAGGACAAAGGUCCCAUCCCACAAUUCAUUAACGAUCUUUGCAAUUUUACAAAACUCCCACCACCAAAGGAGAUCUAUCUCAACAAUCCACGUCCAGAACACUACUCUUCCGAGAUUGGAAGAUACAUUGAAUCCCAAGGAAAACCACUCUUUUUCUUUUGUAUCAUCCCCCAAAAGAAUGAUUUCUACAAUCAUAUCAAGAGAGCUACGCUUAUCAACCACAAAGUCAUCACUCAAUGUGCUUUGGCUAGAACCGUUGGAAGAGGUAAAUCUCAAAUCGUUUCAAAGAUUACAAAUCAACUUCGUGCAAAACUUGGUAUGGCUCCAUGGACUCUAAGUGUUGAUAAUCCAGUUAGAGGUGAUUCAAUGAUUGUUGGUAUUGAUCUUGGUCAUAAUACUGAUCAAAGAGGUAAAUCUGUAGUUGGUAUUUGUGCAACAUUGAAUGCACAACAUACACUUUUCUAUUCAACAGCCAUUCUUCAAUCACAAGCAGGAAAAGAUAUUAUUGAAUCGUUAAAGCCAUCGAUGGAAAGUUCAUUAAAGGCCUAUUACAAUCAAAACAAAAAACUACCCCAGACAAUGAUCAUCUACAGAGAUGGUGUAGGAGAUGGUAUGUUGGCAUCGGUACACAAGUUUGAAGUAUCGGCUGUUCGUGAAGCUGUCAACAAUAUGCCACAAUCAAUGGGUGCCAAACCAAAGAUUGUAUAUAUUAUCGUCAAAAAGAAUACCAACACCCGUUUCUUUGAUCUUAGUAAUUCCUCCAACAAUCCACAAUCUGGAACUGUCAUUUAUGAAGGUUGUGUUCAUCAAGAUUGGUAUGAUUUCUAUUUGAUUGCUCAAAAGACUACAGUUGGUACUAUCAAUCCAACACAUUUCCAUGUGAUUUGUGAUGAAUCGGAUAUUAACCCACCAGCACUCCAACAACUUACAUUCAAUCUUUGUAACAUAUACUACAACUAUGAUGGCCCAGUUCGUGCCCCUGCUGUUUGUCAAUAUGCAAAGAAACUAUCGUUUAUGAUUGGCAGAAAUGUCCACAGUCAGGCAUCUGAAGAUUUGAGUUUGAAACUAUAUUAUUUAUAA